AUGGCGGCUCGGCCACAACGGCAUCGCUCGCGCCGUGAAACGCUGCCUGAGGGUGACUUUAAUGAUGGAGCUAGGAGGGCAAUUGACGAACCUUCUUUGACAACUUCCAUGGAGUGGGACACGCAGGUAGUGAAGGGAUCCUCGCCUCUAGGCCCCGCAAAGCUAGAGGCGGAGGAGCCUGCCACUGUCCCGCAGCUGCCGUGGUGGCUGGAGCCCGAGAGGUGCGCUGUGUUCCAGUGCGCCCAGUGCCACUCCGUGCUGGCCGACUCGGUGCACUUCGCCUGGGACCUGUCGCGGUCCCUUGGGGCCGUGGUCUUCUCCAGAGUCACAAAUAACGUCCUUUUGGAAGCGCCCUUCCUGGUUGGCAUUGAAGGUUCGCUCAAAGGGAGCACUUACAACCUUCUAUUCUGUGGUCCCUGUGGGAUUCCCAUUGGUUUCCAUUUAUAUUCUACCCAUGCUGCCCUGGCUGCCUUGAGAGGUCACUUCUGCCUUUCCAGUGACAAAAUGGUGUGCUAUCAUUUAAAAACAAAAGCCAUUGUAAAUGCAUCUGAGAUGGAUAUUCACAAUAUACCUCUACCAGAAAAGAUUGCAGAGCUAAAAGAGAAGAUAAUGUUAACGCAUACUCGCUUAAGUUCACUAAUGAAGAUUCUGAAGGAAGUGACUCUUGAUCAGUCCAAGCCAGAAAACUGA